AUGGAGUCCUCGUCGUCGGGCGGCGGGCUGGCGCCGCGGCGGAGUAGCGGCGGCGGCAGCAGCGGCAGGGGCAGCUUCAGCGGCGACGCCGACCCGUUCGACAUCCCCGCCAUCGAGCGGCUCAGGAAGUGGAGGCAAGCAGCCCUUGUGCUGAAUGCAUCAAGGCGCUUUAGGUACACUCUCGAUUUGAAAAAGGAGGAACAAAAGGAGGAAAUCAGGACAAAAAUCCGUGCACAGGCACAUGUUAUAAGGGCCGCUUUUCGUUUCAAAGAGGUUUUCAUGUGGGACGCUUGUAAGGACUUGACGCUAAUCAUCCUCAUGGUUGCUGCUGCUGUUUCACUGGCCUUGGGCAUAACAACAGAGGGCAUAAAAGAAGGCUGGUAUGAUGGAGCGAUCAUUGCCUUUGCUGUUCUUCUAGUUGUAUUUGUUACAGCUAUCAGCGACUACAAGCAAUCACUGCAAUUCCAAAAUCUGAAUGAAGAAAAACAGAACAUUCGUUUGGAGGUUGUUAGAGGUGGAAGGCGAAUCACGGUAUCAAUAUAUGAUUUGGUUGUUGGAGAUGUUGUCCCACUCAAAAUUGGUGACCAGGUCCCCACAGAUGGUAUACUUGUCAGUGGCCACUCCCUUUCCAUAGAUGAAUCAAGCAUGACGGGAGAAAGUAAAAUUGUACAUAAAGAUCAGAAGUCACCAUUUCUAAUGUCAGGUUGCAAAGUUGCCGAUGGCUAUGGCACAAUGCUGGUAACUGCUGUUGGAAUCAACACUGAAUGGGGAUUGCUAAUGGCAAGCAUAUCUGAAGAUUCGGGUGAAGAGACACCACUUCAGGUUCGUUUGAAUGGUGUCUCUACUUUCAUUGGAAUGGUUGGACUUUCUGUUGCCCUUGCAGUUCUGGUUGUACUGUUGGCCAGGUACUUCACUGGGCAUACUUAUAAUCCUGAUGGAUCUGUGCAAUAUGUGAAAGGGAAGAUGGGUGUAGGCCAGACGAUACGUGGAGUAGUUAGAAUAUUCACAGUGGCUGUCACCAUUGUGGUCGUGGCUGUUCCAGAAGGACUACCAUUAGCUGUCACGCUGACGCUUGCUUUCUCAAUGCGCAAAAUGAUGAAGGACAAGGCUCUGAUGACUGUUGUCGAGGCAUAUUUUGGUGGAAAGAAGAUGGACUCACCUGAUAGUGCUCAGAUGUUAUCUGCUGAUGUCACGUCGCUGAUUGUUGAAGGAAUUGCACAGAACACUUCUGGAAGCAUAUUUGAGCCCGAGGGUGGUCAAGAACCGGAGGUGACUGGAUCACCUACAGAAAAGGCUAUACUGUCUUGGGGGCUAAAGGUGCAAAAAGUCCCUUUAUAG